GGCACUUUGUAUAUUGGGAAUUCGAGUGACCAGAGAUAAUCUUGAAUAUAGAGCUUAAAAAUGGCUGCUCUUCCACUAAUUUCUCUUUCUCAUCCCUUACAAACCCAUCUUCUUCACUUGCCCUCAACAAAAUCCCAGCUCCAAAAUCAAAUUUCAUGCCCUAAAUUCUCAUCGGGUGACCUUCAAUCUGUUAGAUUUCGUAGUAAAACUACGAAAUUGAGAAGCAAGUCCAAUGACCCAGGUGAGGUUGAUCGUAUGUUCAAGGAUGAAAAUGGCGUCGUUAAUGAUAUGGAAGGUUACCUCAAUUCUCUCUCCCUCGAAUAUGAUUCUGUUUGGGACACCAAACCCUCGUGGUGUCAGCCAUGGACAAUAGCCCUGACUGGAGUAUCGGUGAUUGCAUGCAGCUGGCUGGUUCUGCACUCCGUUAUUGUUACUGCUUUAGCUUCCUCUGCAAUCUUUGCAUGGUGGUACAUCUUCCUAUAUUCAUACCCUAAGGCAUAUUCAGAAAUGAUUGCUGAGCGCAGAAAAAGAGUGAAAAGCGGCACAGAGGACACUUAUGGAUGGUCAAAGAACCAGUGAUUACAAUGGACAACACCGCAGCAGAAGGGGCUCUUUCUUUCUCCUCUACCCUACCAAAGGCCGGGGGGUCGAGCAAAUGAUGAUAAUCAGGAUGAAAUGUUCCAAAUGAGUUGCAUUAGUGCAUAUCCUUCACAUGGCUAUUGACAUAAGGCAGAGCAAAACGUUGGAAUAGUCUUGUUCCUCGUCUGCAGAAACUUUGCAAAUAAAAUUUGAGAUUCGAUUUGUUGUGAACUGUUGUCAUAAUCAUCCAAUUAUCACAUCAUAACAACAGUGUUGUACAGUUGAAUUAUGUACUAGUAAAAUCCAAUUUAACAUCAGGUGACUUUGCUAGGACAAGUACUCUUGUGGCAUCCUUGUAGUUGAUUAUUGACUUAAAAAUUUUGCUUUGUGAUA